CACAUCAUCACGCGUCUCCCACACACAAAUUUAAAGAAGACACAAUUGACGCCGGAGACUCCUCGGAUGCAUCGACUGCUACUGGAAUCCCACGGCGGCGGGAACGAGACGAGCGGCGGCGGCGGAGAUGGGUACAUGAGAGACAUGAACUUCGACGCAAACAUGGUUAUCAUACUUGCAGCUCUUCUGUGCGCUUUGAUACUAGCGCUUGGGCUGAAUUCGAUUCUCCGAUGCGCGAUGCGAUGCGGUUUCGGGUUAUCAUCCUCUGCAGCGGCAGGGGCGGUGGCCGACAGAAGUGGAUUAAAGAAGAGAGAACUGAAGAAGUUUCCUGUAGCUGCGUACGGGUCGGGGGAAGUGAAGAUAGCGGCGACGGAAUGCGCAAUCUGUUUGGGAGAAUUCGCGGACGGCGAGAGAGUCAGAGUGCUGCCGCCGUGUAAUCACAGCUUCCACAUGUCAUGCAUCGACACGUGGCUUGUCUCUCACUCUUCAUGUCCCAAUUGUCGGCAUUCACUCAUCGAGACGAAAACGGAGGGAAGUGGAUACGAAGAAGAAGCUCAUGGAAUUGGUUUGGAAUCGAGCGGUGGCAAAGAAAGCAAGAGGCGUGGGUGUUGUGAUUACCCUCAUACUCGUAAUCAUCAUCAAUUAUCUAGUGCCAUCACAUUCAUGGAUCAACAAGUUGAGCAACAGCGAAUCAUUCCGAUUAGAUUGUUAUGAAUUGUUUGGUAUUAAAUAAAAUAAAGCAUUUCCC